CAAAGUUGUUUACUACUUUAUUAGCUCUUGUCAAGGGCCGUUUUUCUGUAAAUAACUUUUUCUUUUUUUUAACACUGUAUUGUCGACCUAAGUAUGGCGAGCCUGAUGGGCCAAACCGUCUCAUUGUGUUCGGGGUCUUUUUUUGCGCUGUUUGCGGGUUUUUUGGGAGCUUCUGCGUCAUUAUGCGCUAAACUGGCUCUGGGAGCGGAUUACCUGAAGGACCUGUGUGAAUCCGGACUGACACACGAAGGACACCACGUCUGUGACUGGCUCCGCCUCCCUCUGCGGCUGCUGUGUGGCGUUCUGCUGUUCACCUGUAAUGCUGUCAUGUGGACGGUUUUCUCCAAAGCUCUUCGCCACAGCUCGUCCUCUGCCAAAGCCACCGUCACCACCACAGCGUCCAACUUCGUCUUCUCAGCUUUCCUCGGCAGGCUGAUUUUCGGAGAGAGUCAUGCAGCUCUCUGGUGGGUGGGAAUCUCUCUGACGCUGUGUGGACUGAUGGUCCUUCACACGUCCAUGCCUCAGAGCCUCCCAUGGGAAAUGGAUAAAAAGGAAAAGUAGCCCCGCAGUGCACACAUCAUGACACCCGCUACAAGGUCUGCGGGAGUAACAGAACCUGUGUUCCAGCCUGCAGGUGCUGGCCUGGAAGUGUAAAGUUCUGACACCGUGCACAAAAACUGCACAUAACUUUCUGUGACAAAUGAAUAUAAAACUGUUCUUAAACUCUACAAAUUAAAGAAGAAACUGUUACUUUUCACCUCCUUCUCCCAUCAAACUGCCUCAAAUUUAAUUUUUCUCUUCAUCUGUUUGACAGUAAGGAACAGAACCUUUUAUUACUGUUUGUCAACAGCUUGUAACCCAGUUUUUCAUAUAUCCUUUUUUUUUUUUCAGAGGAUUCA